AUGUCGUGGAUGAACAGUGGCGGAGGUAUUCCAUUUGGAGCCCCAAACGGGUUUCCUCAGAGUAACGGAAACGGAGCCGCAAAUCCGUUCCAGUCCCUGCAGCAACAGAAUCAGACACAGAACCAGACCCCGGCGUUUGGUGCACCAACAGCAUCGCCGUCUUCGUUUGGACAAUCGAGCUUUGGUCAAGUACAACCCGCCGCACCGGCUUCUAACCCGUUUAGUCGGCCUAACAACAACACCACUACUCAAUCUACGGGAGGUUUUGCAUUUUCCGCUCCAUCGACAGCGUUUUUAAACACAACCCAUUUCCAGAAUGGACCGCAGACCCAGCCGGAAAAUUCACAGCCUGCACAGAUUUCGGCGUUUGGCCAGAAUAAGGCAUUUUCUCAGGUUAAUCAUUUCCAACAACCCAAGCUUGCAGGAGGAAACAACAAGAAGCAACCAGGAGGAGGAACAGGAGGUAGCAAGCAAGCAAAACAACGGAAACAAAAGGCAGCAUCGCCAGCACCGGCGCAAAAUUACGCCAAAUCGAUCAGCAGCUUCGUUCACAACGCACAAGUCCAAUCUUCCCAACAACAGAACCCAGCAGCUCUAGGAUUCGCCAAUAAUGCUCGAGACAACAGCCACGCUCGAACUAAGCCCUGGAUGAUACCAAAUCCACAUAUUCUCGACCCGAUAGUGGUCCAGGCACAUCCUUGGGACCUACAGAACCAACAAGAAGUGCAGCAGAUCGAAGCUACAGGAAAUGGAGACCAGGAACAGUACGAAACGUUACAACAGAUGCGAGGGGUGGAAAGAACGAAAAUGGAGUCCCUGAACCUCGUGGACUCGCCGGACAAGAGACGAGCUCUAUCGGAAGCCAUUUCGUUCGUGGGAUCAUGUCAACAAAUGUGUCCUGCAUUUGAACGAGUUCGACGACGAUUUGAAAACAACGUCAAGGCUUACGAAAAGGAUUCCAACGGCGUGGUGACUCCAGACCGGGCAGUAAAGGCAUUUUCAAGACCUGCUGCCGGUCAGCCACCACCACUUCCAUCUGACGUUCGUCCUCCUAACAUUCUAGUCAACACAUUGAACUACCUUGUGAAUGAGAUUGUGCCCCAGCUACCUGGUGCUCACCCUUUCCUAUGGGACCGAACGCGAUCCAUUCGACAGGAUUUUACUUAUCAGAACUAUUCAGGCCCCGAGGCUGUUUGGUGUAAUGAGCAGAUUGUUCGUAUCCAUAUCUACUGCCUGCAUUUCAUGUCUGGACACGAAUACUCAAAACAGCAGGAGUUGGAGCAGCUUAACAAGGCACUACAGUCGCUUAUGGAGAUGUACAAAGCUCAUAGGGCACGUGAUCCGCACUCUGAAUGUCUCAAAAACGAAGCUGAGUUCCACGCGUACCAUCUUCUGUCGCAUUUGCGAGAAGCUGACGUAGUCAGGCAAAUCCAGAGUCUACCUAGACACGUGUUUGACAACCAACACGUCCAAGAUGCUCUCUAUUUGCGUGAGAUCAUUCAACAGGGUAACCUUGUGGGAGGAGGAAGACGUCAGGGAGUAGGUAUGCAUAUGGAGGAUUGCCAGGCGUUGUAUGCGCAGUUUUUCGACGCUCUGAAGCUGCCGCGCUUUUCGUUUUUAGUCACGUGUAUGCUUGAGUCGCAUUUCACACAGGUUCGACUCAGUGCAUUGAGAACCAUGUCUCGAGCCUUUCAUUCAAAGGGCAGACCUUACAGCCUCGAGCAGCUGAGCCAGGUUUUGGGCUUUGACGACGCUGCUCAGGCACAGGAGUUUUUUGUUCAUUACAAGCUCACUGUAACUAAUGGAGCUGUGGACGUACCUAGCUUCAACGAGACAACUGUGGCAGGUCUUACUCCAUUUGCUGAUAUUUGUCACGAGUGGGUGACACAGAAGGGAGGAGACUUGCGGGGUGUUUUCGGACCACCAGGAACAGCGUCUGCGACUUUCCAGGCACCCUUGGCGCCCUCUAAACCUCCUUCUGUGCCGUUUAUGGCCCCAGUUAAGCCACGGGUAGUUCAAGCAGCCGCACCUGUUGCCCCGACUAAGCCUCAGGUAUCUGCAGAAGAAAAGAAGAGGUGGACUCAGCAGAUUACGUCCAAGCUGAUUGUGGAUGUCGCUUCUACCUUGAGUAAACAGAUCUGUACCGCCACAAUCACGCAGAUUGAGCAGCAGAAGCUAGCUCAGCAGCGUCGCUUGGAGGAACAACAACGUUUGGCUGAGCAGAAACGUCUUGAGGAACAACGGCGCUUGGAGCUGCAGAGACAUGCCCAGCUCGAGGCUGAGAGACGUCAGCGGGAACAGCAGGCAAGAGAGGAGCGGGCUAGACUGAUUUCCACGCUCUCGGAAGAGAUCUACAGAGCCUUUGUACGUGAAAACACUUACUUUGUGGUUCUGGACUCUUUUGCAGCAGUCAACAGUCGUCGGCUCACUCUCUCCAGAGCUCUGACUCAGGUGCAGAAAACUGCAUUCAGUUCGUGGCAAAGGAAAAUGGAGCUUGUGCGACGUCAACAGGAGUAUAAUCACGUGAUGCGGAACCUUGGCAAGCGAAAGAUGCGUUCCAGAGUUGGAUCUUGUGGUUCUUCGAGUGUCGUCGGUUCGUCUAAGCGAAUCCGAACAGGCCCAAAGUCUGAAGCUGAACACAUCGAGUUGCUUCAGAAAACUAAACAGGGAACCAUCAAGCUGUGGAAACCACUGGAGUAUGACUCUUUACUCAAGAGUUUGUCGACUGGUUUUCAUAGCAAUACCUGCCUUGAUUCCAUGCCUCAGAUUAUCAUCUACACACCUCAAUGGGACCGACUUCAGGGUAAAUGGCUCCGUACCAAGUUUGAUUUGUCUUGGAACGGCCAGGACACCAGUGGAUACGAGCAUGUGGCCAAGGCGGCCGACACUACCAGCAUGAUGGUGACUUCACUGGUGGAGAAUGGCAACUACAAGUCCACCUUUGGCAUUCUGUUCGAGUGUGGUAUUGAUGCGAAUCAUGUGACUGCCGGUGAAAUACAAGCCUUUGAUGAGCUUCUGGCCUACGUAGGAGCCCAGUCCUGGUACAAGUUGGCUGUUGUGGUUGUUUACUGGGGUGUUGAGGUCGACUCUCAGAUAACUGAGUUGCUGUAUCGUGAUGAGUUGGCCUUCUUUACCAUCUGUCGACCCUCGGAUAAGGAGUCGCAGAACCUCGAGUCGCAGAUGGACGAGCUUUGUCGUCAUUUUAAUGCUUCUUUGUCCGACUUGGGACAGUCUGAAGCCUCCAGGCGCCAACAGCAGCGUCGAGAGCGGCUCCAGCACAUGCAAGAAAUGUCUCUUGCUGCUCAACGUCACCAAAAUAUGCUCAAGGAGCGAAAGAAGCAGGAGGAGUUGGAUAGACGAUUGGGUCAUUUGGUGCGAAAGUCAUCUCGCACCAGCCUACAGGGUGGGUCUCCGGACGUCAGCAUGCUCUCGGAUGUCAGCAUGUCUUCGCAGUGUCAGCCGAAAUCGGCUCUAGACCCUGUAAAUAAGGGAGUCCGAGAUCUCAAAAGUCUGAUUGCACGAGCCCAGGAGGUGAGAAUGGCAAGAUAA